AUGGAGCCUAUGGAUGCGCAGGGAAGGGGCGCGGAAAGCGUCGGCAGAGAGACCUUGGGGCCCCUGGGCCCCGCCGCCAGCAUCGUCGCCACCACCCUCAGCACCACCGCCGUCGAGGCCGUCGCCGACGUCGCCCUCGUCGCGCCAAGGGGGUCUCGUUUCGAUGGGGCUCAGGCGGUGGAAUUCGUGUGCUCCGAAUCCGAGGAGCAGCAGCAGCAGCAGAAGCAGGAACAGGCCCAGGCGCAGGAGCAAGGGCAGGAGCAGGAGCAGGACCUCCUGUCCCCCGGCCGCUCACCGACGACCACGGUGGCCCGCGUCGCCUCGGGCCUCGUGACUGGCGACGCGGUGGAGGCGCGCUCCGACGAGACGGGGCCGACGCAGGAGCUCGUGGUCGAAAAGGAGGCGAACGACGGCGCCAUCUGGCCAGGGGACGUGGUGUUCUUGAUGGCUCACACGGGGAAGUGCAUAGACGUCCAGGGCGACGUGGUGAGCGCCCGCUGGCCGAUGCACGGACCCUGGCAGGCCUUCACCAUCGAGAAAGCCGCCGUUCCCGAAGAGCCCCUCAACGGCGCCAGGAAGGACUCCGAGGCGGCCAGCGAGAGCGCCGAGGCCGAGGCCGUGCUGCUCGCCGACGGCCAGGGGUCCGCCCACGGCGGGGGGGGCGCAGAGCUGACCAGGGAGCAGAGGGCGAGCAUCCUGGGCGUCCUCAAGGUGGGGGCGAUGAUGAAGAGGUUCCAGGCGCGCGGCACGGCCGCCGCCGCGCGGCCGGCCCCCCUGCGCGCGGACGCCGCCACCAGCAGGUUGGUCGCCUACGCGGGUGUCCUUUCCGCCGGGACGCUGGCCCUGUUUUUGCUUGCCAGGCGACGCGUCGUGCAGUCCGCGCUGGGCUUCUUCCCAGGAGCGGCGGGCUACGAGGAGGCGCCGGCGGGCGAGGAGGGGAGCGCGAGGCUGCGGAGCUGCGCGACCCCCACAACAGCGGACGUCGAGGAGGGCCAGUGA